GCCACCUUCAAGCUCAGCGCGAGUUUUUGUGCUCCAAUUUCCGAGCUGCAAUGGGACGAAAUGGACUGGCGCUACUGGCAGUUUCCAGUGGAUGACUGAUAAGUGAUUUGCGCAUUUACCGCGAGAAGCCAGCAGUCAUGUCUCCAGGUGACCUCGAGCCAACGCGUCGAACCACGCCGGGUCAAGGAUCAGACUGCAGUUGAUUUUGAAAAGCAGAAGAGGAAAAAACUCAAGGGUCGCUUUUUGAAGUCCAAACUGAGGUCUUGACCCAAAGUAUUCAAUUGGAUAAGAUCGCGUCAUUAUUUCACUACAAGUUUCUCCUUGAAAUAAAGACGACGAUAAAUGGAUAUGAUAAAUAUGACUUAUUAUUAUUAUUUUUGAAAUAAUCAGCCUAAAUAUUUUUUCUUUCAUUUAGCGAGUGAUCGCGAUUUGGUUAAGAAAUGUGCACACGUUUCCGCGCUUUAAAAAAACUAUAUUUAGCUGCGGUUUUGCACGACAAGCCGGUGAGCGUGUGUCACCGACUGUUCUUUUUUUAAUAGCAAUCUACUGAUUUUUAUCUCAUUAAAAAAGUUCCGGGUUGUCUUGCGUACAAAAGCCGGGUGUGCGUUCGAUCCACCGCCAUUCCUCUAUUUUUCGUCUUCUCGUUCGUCACUCUGCUCCGAAUUUUCUCAAAAUGCAUGGUUACCAUUUUGGUUUUCGUUGUGGACCGUGUUAUUGCAUAAAAAGGCUGGAAGCAUGAAUCCGUUCUUGUGUGUCAUUUUCUUGCUCUGCCUUUCAUCUCUGGCCAUUGCCGCCAACUUCACUCAAUUCUACGAGUGGAAUCAAUUCGAUUUCAAGUGGCCGUCGGAGGCGAGCAGGAAACAGGCCUUGGAAGCUGGAACUUUCAAACCAGAGGAUAUCGAGCCUCGUUACAUGGCUGUCUACGGGACAAGGAUCUUCGUCAGCCUUGAUAAAUACUCUGAUGGCAUUCCUGUCAGUCUGGUGUCUCUGCCGACACGCAGAGCGACCUGUGCGUCCCCGAAGCUCACUCCAUUCCCUUCGUGGGACAUUCACGUAAGUAGCACUUCGUUUGUGUGCAUUAUUAGUUUUUUUUAAUCUGCAUAUAGAGAAGCUCGAGCUGUGCUGGAAAUUUGAUUUCAAUAAAAUCGAAAAAAAGAAAUUAGGGAUUAAUUGCAGCACGUAUGAAGGAGACGCAGCGAGGCGUUUUUUUUUUGCUCUUUCGCUGCAUAUGCAGGUAUUUUUGACCCACUUUCUAGUCAGGACCUCUAUUUUUCCCCUUUUUGUUGUGCGUGACACCAGAAAAACGCUUGAAUUCUUUUAAGAGUUGCAAGAAGUUUAAUUGUAAAAAACUGCGAGACUUGCUAUCAAAGUGUCGAUUAGCCGAAUUUUUUUAUAAAUUUUGCAUAAACUGCCGCACUGAAAGUUCGAAAACUGAACGCUGGUCUGCUGCGAGCUCCUUUAAAUCUUUGAGAUUAGGAAACGCGCGUCAAAAAUACAAUUAUGAGUAUACUUCUUUUGAGUCAUUGCACCUAAUUUUAUUGUGGUGGCCGCGAGUUUUAAAUAUUUUGGCAAAAUUUUGAGUUUGACUCUGUUUUAAAAGAGCCAAUCAAUUCCUCUAUUUGCAGGGAAAAGGAGACUGUAACAAAAUUGAAAAAGCAAAAGCGUUAGAAGUGGACUCCGUUGGAAAGCUAUGGGUGCUGGACAGCGGUAGCAAAAAUUGCAGUUACAAGCUCUGGACCAUUGACUUGAACAAAAACAACCACACCAAACUAAUUCACCGUUUUCCUUUCCAAAAAUUUAUGAACGAUUUGGUGAUUGACGAAACACCCAAUGGAACCUUUUCCUACAUCACUAUGUUGGGUGGACAGCACAUUGCAGUGUUUAGUUUGGAAAAAAAUCAAUCUUGGGUGGUAGAAACGCCAGGAAUAGUGACCUAUUCCAUUGCCCUGACCCCUAAGGAGGAAGCGAGAAAGCUCUACCUCAGCAAUGUCGACUCCAAUGAACUUUAUUCAGUUUCCGUUGCCGCACUCCGCAAAGGAACUCGAACUGCAAAUCCGAUAUUAAUCGGAAAAUGGAAUGCCAGACCAUACAAAAUGCUGAUGGACAACCACGGGACCAUGUAUGCAGCCUUUUUGUAUCAGAAUUACACUUCCUCGUGGAACACUUCCCAGCCAUUUGAGGAGCAACGUUUUUAUGAGGUUGCUGGGCAGAAACCUGUUUGGCCUUUUACUUUUGCCUUGGACGAAAGUGAAAAUCUUUGGAUGACGAUGUUUGAUGACGAUACUAAUAAGUCAAGAUACAGGCUUGUGAAGGCUGCAGUCGAUGCAAAAUCCUUCAAGGCCUCCCCAGAGCUACCGAGCUUGUUUCACCAAUACAGGCUGAUUAUUCUGAUCUGCUCCAUCGUGUUCUGCGUCGUCUUGUUGAGUCUCAUCAUUUUAUGGCUCAUCCUGAGACAGAAGAGGAACAAUCAUCCCCUUACGCAAAACACCAACGAGGCUCAACAAUUGUCCGUUUACCGUGACGAGCAAGCUGAAGUCCAAGAUGAGGAUUCGAGAAGUGCCGCUGCACCCUUAUCAGUUCCGGACGUCGGCCCUGAUGAAGAGCAGUGCAAGGAAUUCAUUUACGAUCAGGUCGCUGCCACGCCUCCUUCUCCUGGUCUCUUUGAGCAACAGAUCUGUCUCAGCUCGCGAUCGGCGAGGAGAGUGAGAGUGUUGCCUCCCUUGCCUCCGAGGCCGACGAGUUUCGAGAAAUUUGGAGCGGCGCCUCAUGCCCCAGUCGAGUACGACGACGUCGGCCCUGCUCAACCAGAACACCUGUACGAUGACGUUGCACCGUAAACUUCCAGGUCACCAACAUUGUGAAGACACUUAUUCUUCCGAGUCAGUGCGCACUGCCUGAAAGUCCUGCCAUUUGCACAACCAAAUCUUAAUUUCAAAAUUAAAUUUAAAU